CCCUCACAGCACCGUCGUUUGCAAAUCGAUUCGCAGGAAAUCCGCCCGCGUGCAGCGGCCAUUUUCCGCGCCGACCCCUCCACUCCACCUCGCUGCCUCUGCCAGCCUGCCUGCCUGUUCGAGUGUUCCUCUCACGGCCUCACCACCCCAACCGCACUAGCCACCACCCCGCCUCAACGAAAAACAACGUGAAAUCACACGCGGUCACACUCACUGGCUCACGCCCGUCACACGCCGCGCGACGAGUCGACGACACAACCGGCAGGCACGAACCCGCAUUACCCGAGAGCAAGCUCGCGUCCGCGGGGUGGCGAUGGUGGGCGGCGGGGGGCGCCGCGCGGCGGCCGCGGCGUGCGGGCGGUGGUGCCUGGUGAUCCUGGCCAUGGCCUCAGCGCUCGGAGUCUCCGGCCCCGCCUUCUACUGGCGCUACAAGAAGGGGUUCUCCUCCUCCUCCUCCCCAGCUUCCUCAGCCGCGGCCGCGGCGGCAUCCUCCUCCCCCUCGUGCCCGCCCUGCAGCUGCGACUGCCCGGCGCCGCUCUCCCUCAAGUCCAUCGCCCCCGGGCUUGCCAACUUCUCAAUCACAGAUUGUGGAAAAAAUGACCCUGAGCUUGCCAAAGAGAUGGAGAAGCAAUUUGUUGACCUCCUUAAUGAGGAACUCAGGCUGCAGCAGGUUGUAGCUGAGGAGCAUAGUCACCACAUGAACGCCACUCUUGUUGAAGCUAAAAGACAGGCUACUCAAUAUCAGCGAGAGGCAGACAAGUGUAAUGCGGCCACAGAAACCUGUGAGGAAGCUCGGGAGCGGUCUGAAGCAGCAAUUUCAAAGGAGAGGAAACUCACAGGACUGUGGGAACAACGAGCUCGACAACUGGGUUGGAAGGAUCCGUGAGCCACAAGCAUGUGAUAGCUUGUCUAGUUCUGUAUCUCUUUUUCUUCGACAGGUAAAAUUGUUUCUGGUAGCUGCAUGGGUUACAUCUUGCAGCCAAACCUAGCGGCGUGGGGUCCACUUGUAAUGUUUGUCUAUGUAAUGACAGUUGCCACAGAAGCAUAGUUAAUUUUUAGUCUCAACAGUGUAAUCUCCUUGCAGCUAUAACUAGUAUACACUGUCUAAGUAUCCCAAGUUUCUGAUAGCGCUGUUGAAGACACUGAAUUCAGUGUUGUGCUUGUGGAUUAGAGGCCAAUACUUUAAUCUGGAUAUCGAUAUGUACACAUUUGAAGGUUGAGCUAUAGUAUUAAGCUGGAGUACGAUUUA